UGGUUUCAGUCACAAGAUUCAAGAAACAGAGAAGAUGAACUGAGGAUUGUACUGCUGGGAAAAACUGGAGCUGGGAAGAGUUCAACUGGAAACACCAUCUUAGGAAGAGAAGCAUUUAAAUCAGACUUUUCUGAAAAGUCUGUUACUAAAGACUGUCAGAAAGAGACAGAUGAAAUCAGCAGCAGACACAUCACUGUGAUCGACACUCCAGGACUGUUUGAUACUGAACUCAGUAAUGAAGAAAUCCAGAGAGAAAUCAGAAACUGCAUCUCCAUGAUCCUGCCUGGACCACAUGUGUUUCUCUUACUGAUUCCACUGGGACGAUUCACUCAAGAAGAACAAACAGCAGUGAAGAUCAUCCAAGAGACGUUUGGUGUGAACUCAUUAAUGUACACCAUAGUGCUAUUUACCAAUGGAGACAAACUGAAGAACAAACCCAUUGAACAGUUUUUGGGAGAACCUGAAUCUGCCCUUAAAAAUCUGAUUGAAGUGUGUGGAAACAGAUUCCAUGUGUUCAAUAAUGAGACUGGAGACCGAACACAGGUGACUGAUCUACUGCAGAAGAUAGACAACAUGGUGAAAACAAACGGAGAUAGUUACUACUCAUGUAAGAUGUUCAGAGAGAUGGAGAGAGAAAUACAAGAACAAAAAAAGAACAUACUGAUGGAGAAAAUGGAGCAAGUGAACAGAGAAAAACAAGAACUGAUGAACAAACAUGAAGAAGAGAAAAAGAGGAUGAAGAUGGAGAUGGAGAAAGAACAACAGGAUCUGAAGAGAGAACGAGAGGAAUGGGAGAAACAGAAACAACAGGAAAGACAAAGAAGAGACGAAGAGGUGGACAAAUGGAGAAAGAAAGAAGAAGCGAUGUGGGAUGAAUAUAAUCAGAGACUUAAAGAAGAGAAGGAGGGAAUAAAGAUGAUGAUAAAGGAAGAAAGACAGAAUCACGAGAUAGAGAGAAAGAGAAUAGAAGAAGAAUAUAUAGAAGAACAAUACAAAAGAGACAUUAAAGACAUAGAGGAACAAGAGAGAAAGAUACGAGAGGAGCUGAAGAGAGAACGAGAGGAAUGGGAGAAACAACAGGAAAGACAAAGAGAAGAAGAGGAGAAAGAAAGACGUAUAUUUAAUGAACUUUACACAGGAACUCCUGAGGUUCACAACACAAACAAUGAUGAAGAUUCACCAUCAGAUUCAGGAUGCUUGAGAAUCUUGCUGUUUGGGAGGACAGGAAGUGGAAAGUCUGCCACAGGAAAUGCUAUCCUCGGAAAAAAUUGGUUUUACAGUAAAGACAGCUCAUGUUUAGUGACCACUACUUGUACAAAGGUAAUUGGUGAAGUUGAUGGUAAAUCAGUAGCUGUUAUUGAUACUCCAGGACUCUUUGACCCCUCACUGACAAAAGAACAAGUGCAGGAAGAAAUAAUGAAAUGUGUUUCACUGUCAGCACCUGGACCACAUGCGUUCAUCACUGUGUUUAAUAUGGGAAAAAUCACCAAAGAGGAGAAAGACACUUUAGAAAUGAUAAUGAAGAUCUUUGGACCAAAAGCAGCAGAGUUCAGCAUUGUUCUCUACACUAGAGGAGACAAACUAAAAAAACAAACAAUAGAACAAUAUGUAGGAAAAUAUAAAAAUGAUGACCUUGAGAAACUGAUCACUGACUGUGGAAACAGAUUCCUGGCUUUUAACAACACAGAAACACAAGAUCAGACGCAAGUUACUAAGCUGUUCACUAUGAUAGAAGAGAUGAAGAGAUCUAAUCAGGGCCGAUAUUUCACUAAUGAGAUAUUUGAGGAGGCAGCGAUCACCGUUAAAGAGAGAAUGAAAAUUAUAAAAGAGAAUGAAAGACAAAAUCAGGCUCAAGUUGAAGAAUUAAAAGCCAAAUAUGACAUGCCAUUCGAAAGCAUGAGAACAAGACAGGAGGCGAAGAAACACAGGGCAGAUGAGGAAAGAGAGAGACUGGAGAAGAAGUUCAGAGAACAAGAGGAAACACUGAGGAGAGAGUUUGAGGAGAAAGAAAAAUCAGAGGAUCAGAAACGAUCAGAAGAGGAGGAACAGCAAAGAUAUGACUAUAAUCAAAGAAGAGAGGAGAUGAAGAGAGAGAAUGAAGAUCAGAGAAAACAGUAUGAAGAAGAGCAAAAAGAAAGAGAAGAAGAAGAUAAAAAGAGAGAGGAAGAAUAUAAACAAGCUCAAGAAAAGAUGAAAAUUGAUCAUGAACACAUCAUGACAGAGUUAAGAAAAGAACAGGAAGAGGAAAUAAAAAAGAGAGAUUCAGAGGAACAAAUGAGGAAGAAACAAGAAGAGAAAGAGAGAGAAGACUGGAAGAGAAAAAUAAAAGAGGCUGAAAAUGACAAAGAGGCUCAAAAUGUAAUUAAACGACAGCAGAGAGAAUGGGAGGAUGAGAAGAAACAACAGAUGAGUGAACGAGAGGAAGAGGAAAGAGAGAGAAAAGAGAAACAUGAGGAACAGCUGAGAGAAAAACAAGAAGAACUGGAGGACAAGAGAAAGACAUUUGAAAGAGAGAGAGAAGAAGAAAAACAGAUGAUAGAGGAGGAGAGAGAGAGACAGAGAACAGAGAGAGAACAGAAAAAGAAAGAAUGUGAAGAGAAGAUCAAUGAAAUGGAGAGACGUUAUGAGCAGCUGGAACGAGAGGGAAAAAAGGAGUGGAAGGGAAGAAAACAAGAUGAUGAAGAUAGACGAGUGGAGAAGAGAAAGAGAUGGGAGAAAAUGAUGGAAGAUCUGAAACGAGAACAAGAGGAGGAGAUCAAGAGAAGAGAAAAAGAGGAGAGAGAAAGAAUAGGCAGAGAAGAAAAAGAGUGUGAAGAAAUGAAACAGAAACUUGAAGAGGAAAUAGAGAAGAUGAAGAAGAAACAUGAAGAUGAAACCAAAACACAAGAAGCAGAAUUGAAUGAUUUCAGAGAGAAAGUAGAUCAGCAGGUUAAGGAGCUCACAGAGAAGAUAACUGAAACCUAUGAUGACGAAAAAUCAAAAAGGGAAAGAAGUUGUCUUGUCAUGUGAAAUAUUUUUAAAUAUUACUGACUAGCUCUGGUCUUUUGAAGGGUUCUUUUGCGUUUCUGUUUCUCUCAAGCAUGAGUGAGUUACUGUAUCUGUAUUCAUUUAAUCAGGGCUUUUCCCACCUGCUCCUGAAGGUUCAGAGUUUAGUCACAACCCUGCAGUUACACAGCUGUCGGUCAUUAAAGGGAUAGUUCACCCAAAAAUGAAAAUUAGCCCAUGAUUUACUCACCCUCA